UGGGAGUUGGAGUCGGAAUGGAUUCAGUACUUCCUGCUUUGACGAGAAAGACUAAGACAUUCCGACUGUGAACCAGAAAGUUGUUUGGCUGCCGAACCGUUUCACCUCGAAAAGGCAGAAGUGGACACAGACAGAGAAUGUCUAUGAUGGAGCAUGGGGUGGUCCGGCCAGUUACGGCAGUGGCGUGGACCUCCAAUACCAGCACCUGCCCCAAAGACUUCACUCUGAUCAGCAUCACAGAAGACGGAGCAGCAGCCAACUUUACACGCAGCUUUGCGAUGAAGUCUGGAUAUUACCUCUGUUACAGCAAGGACAUGAAAGGAGGGAUGGUGGUGUCAGACAUUCAGCUCAUUUCAGACAAGGACUCCAUUCCUCAUGGUUAUUGCUUUAUAGCAGAGCACCUCGAAGCAAAGGCCUCUGUUUGGAAGAAGAAGCGUGUGUGUGUACACGUCCUCCCAGUGGGCAGUGUGGACACAGCUGUGUUGGAUAUUAAAGUGACAGCCAAAAGCAAAAUGAUGUUGCAGCACUACACCUAUGUGGGAGACAUCCAUGGCUACGUGUUGUGGUGCAGAAAGGGACAUUUUUCCAGCCCCAUGCCCCAAGCGAAGCCCCGCAGUGUCAGCCUAGACCUCCGCAGACUCUCGUUUGAGCAGCCGUCUGCUCCCCAGCCCCUCAGACCCAGCAACCCUCCUCCUGCACUGCCACAUAAUAAACUGAGUCAGAGACGCCAGAGCCUCCACACCAAGGACAACGUGGACAAACCUGCUGACUGCAGCAUCUCGGGAAUCACAGCUCUAGAUGGAGUUCCCUUUAGCCUUCACCCAAAGUUUGAUAUCCAAGCAAACAGCACGGCACUUCAACUGAACUCUCAACUAAACAACAUUCGUAUAAAGUCUCUCCAAGAUAUUGAAAACGAGUAUAACUACACUUUUGCGGUGGAGGAAUCUGCGGCCAAGAGGAUCAGACCAUCGGUGCCAACAGGAGGCGCCCCUUCAGCUCAGUGAUAUUUAAACUUUGACAAAGCAACAAUAUCGUUGCAGCAUUUAGAAGGAUGAUCACGCCUACAUGUGCAUAUUAGGCUUCAAGUGGCGAUUAUUUAUCAUAACGGUUAAUUACAAGGUUAUCGUAAGGGCUUCUACAUGAAACUGACAUUCAUACUUCAGAGAGUUUGGCUGUAAUGCCGCACAUUCGUUUUUAUUUUUCUAUCAUGUUCUUACGCCAUUACCACCCUGAAGGCUUCCAAAGUUGUAUUUGCCAAAGAAAAGUCCAGUUUGAAUGGAGCCUACCUUCAUUAUGUUGUCUCAACAUGUCUUUUAGACUGUUACAGGGUGAACGUUUUAUUGAAUCUACAAAUCUGUAGAGCAUCUGCUGUCUGGGACUACUCAUCUGAAGCACGAAGCCCAACUUUUACAUGCUCCAUUUCAAAAUUAGACUAAUGGUAUGCACACAAAAAAAGCUUUGUUAUAUCACAAAGACGCACUUGCCACGGAGGGUGUGUUGCUCUGUUGUUACCUGAUAUCCUUGAGUGCUCCGCGUCUUUAAUUGUUUUAAAUCAUUAAGAAUUGCUUAAGCAGAGCUGUAAUGUUGAGCAUUGGUGGAUGAACUUUGCUGCAGACUAGAUACACUAACCUAUCUAAAUGUAGGAUGAAGUGUAUUUCUUGUACUACUACAGGUUUGUAUUAUUCCCCCCAAAAAAUAAUAUAUCCUAUCUUAAGGUCAUGGAGGAAGGUAGUAUUUUUAGCUCUUUGUGUCAGUCAUACUUAAAUAAGAUAUGUGGGGAAAAAGGGCAGAGAAUCUGUUCGUUGUUUUAUAUAUUAAGAGGAAUAAGGACCAAAUAUUUAUCUUUGUCGUUGUACAAUAUAUAAAGUUAUGUUUUGUUGUUUUUAUGGUCUGUAAAACAAACUUUUUAAUGCAUGGGAAAAAAAUAAAAACCUAAGAAACACUA